ACGCUGCACCGGCGUAUGAACAUACACACGCAAAACACACUGCCAACCAACAAAACACGUCUGUUUUGCGCUCAAACGCAGUUUAUAACGCAUUGUUUUCCUUGCAAACAAAAAAAAACACCCAACACAAUGCAGAACAACGUAAAGAACAUAUUCGACAGCUUCAACGAUUAUCUCGUGAAGGAGCAGGAGCUGCGUACGGAAAUACGUGACAUCGUCCGGGACAUAGAUCAGGCAGCGAAGGAAGCGGCCAUCGCGCUGCAAGUCAUCCACAGCAGCAUCGCCGACGUGUCGGCGGCCUGCGCGAAGGCGCGCACCUUCUUCGAUACCUGCCGCGAAGGGUACGCAAAGCUGGCCGCACUCAUCCCGGCCGGACAGUACUACCGGUACCAUGACCACUGGCACUACAUGACGCAGCGCAUUGUGUUUCUGAUCGCCCUGACGAUUUAUCUCGAGAAAGGAUUCCUGGUCACGCGCGAAACGGCGGCAGACAUUUUGGGCUUGUCCGUCAGUCAGCAGCAAGGAUUUCAUCUGGACAUCGAAGACUAUCUGGUUGGCAUUUUGCAGCUCGCCUCGGAGUUGAGCCGCUAUGCCGUCAACUCGGUUAUACUGGGUGACUACGAAAAGCCGCUGACGAUUUCCAAGUUUGUCGCCGAUCUCAACUCGGGCUUCCGGCUGCUGAAUCUCAAGAACGAUUCGCUGCGCAAACGCUUCGACGCACUGAAGUACGAUGUGAAGAAGAUAGAGGAAAUCGUGUACGAUAUCAGCAUACGGGGUUUGCGGACCGAAGCGACAGGUGCUGCUGCUGUUGGUGGUGCAGCAGCAGCAGAAGCACCAUCCGCUCCCACAGCCGAACCAGCGGCGGCGGAGGAAAAACAAGCAUAAAGUGACACAAUUAGCGCGUGUUUCCUUUGAAGGCAACGCGAUGAAUUAUUUGAUCAUUUCCAACAGUUCCUUUGCAUUUGAGUUUUUGUUGGCACUGUACUAACCGGAUUUACCUUAUGAAAUAAAUGGAUUUUUCUACAAUAAUAAA